AUGGCUGUUCAUUAUACCCGCACCCGCACGUCCCGAGCACUGAUUUCUAAUUGCAGUGGCUGUUCGUUAUACCACCCGCACUGGCUGUUCAUUAUACCCGCACGUCCUGAUGCCGAUCCUGACUGUUCAUUGCCCACCCGCACGUCCACACUGAUUUCUAAUUCUGGUGGCCGUUAUACCACCGCACGUCCACAGUACCGAUUUCUAAUUCUGAGGGCUGUUCAUUAUACCACCUGCACGUCCACAGUACCGAUUUCUAAUUCUGGUGGGCUGUUCAUUAUACCACCCCCACAUCCACAGUACCGAUUUCUAAUUCUGGUGGCUGUUCAUUAUACCACCCGCACAUCCGCGUACCGAUUUCCUAAUUCUGGUGGCUGUUCAUUAUACCACCCGCGUCCACAGUACCGAUUUCUAAUUCUGGUGGCUGUUCAUUAUACCGCCCGCACGUCCACGGUACCGAUUUCUAAUUCUGGUGGCUGUUCAUUAUACCACCCGCAGUACCGUCCACAGUACCGGUUUCUAAUUCUGAGUCCGCAGUACCGAUUCUAUUCUGGUGGCUGUUCAUUAUACCACCCGCCGUCCACAUGGCUGUUCAUUAUACCACCCGCUGCGUCCACAGUACCGAUUUCUAAUUCUGGUGGCUGUUCAUUGCCUGCCACCGCACAUCCACAGUACCGAUUUCUAUUCUGGUGGCUGUUCACCACCGCACGUCCACAGUACCGAUUUCUAAUUCUGGUGGCUGUUCAUUAUACCACCCGCACGUCCACAGUACCGAUUUCUAAUUCUGAGUGGCUGUUCAUUGCGCCACCGCACGUCCGCAUACCGAUUUCUAAAUUCUGGUGGCUGUUCAUUAUACCCUACCGCCCGUCCGUCCACAGUACCGAUUUAAUUCUGGUGGCUGUUCAUUAUACCACCGCCACGUCCACAGUACCGAUUUCCCUUCUGGUGGCUGUUGUUCGUUAUACCACCCGCACGUCCAUAUUGUGGCUGUUCAUUAUACCACCCGCACCGUCCGAUUUCAAUUCUGUACCGAUUUCCACAAUUCUGGUGGUGGCUGUUCAUUAUACCACCCACAUCCUCAGCACGUCCACAGUACCGAUUUCUAAUUCUGGUGGCUGUUCAUUAUACCACCGCACGUCCACGGUACCGAUUUCUAAUUCUGGUGGCUGGCUGUUCAUUAUACCACCCGCACGCAGUCCACAGUGGCUGUUCGUUACCCGAUUUCUAAUUCUGGUGGCUGUUCAUUAUACCACCCGCACGUCCGCAGUACCGAUUCCUAAUUCUGAGUGGCUGUUCAUUAUACCACCGCACGUCCACGUUUCCUGGUGGCUGUUCAUUGCACCCGCCGUCCACAGUGCCGAUUUCCUAAUUCUGGUGGCUGUUUCAUUAUACCCACCCUGCACGUCCGCAGUACCGAUUUCUAAUUCUGGUGGCUGUUCAUUAUACCACCCGCACGUCCUGAUGCCGAUUUUCAAUUUCUGGUGGCUGUUCAUUAUACCGCCCCGCACGUCCACAGUACCGAUUUCUAAUUCUGGUGGCUGUUCAUUAUACCACCGCACAUCCGCACGUCCACAGUACCCACCCCGCAUUUUCUAA